AUGGUCACUGGAAUCACAGUUGCUCUUGCUACGCUCAACCGAUCAAGACCGAGGGUUCGCAGCUUGCGCGCAACUACUAUUUCUUCGCUUCUACCCCGCCUUCUCGGUCCACACGCGAGAACAAUGUCCGCAACAGCUGCGCGGCCUGAUCCCUUUCGGCCAGCGAAGCGUGUCGCUGGCCAGCGCCAGGAUGUUUGGUCCAUUGUGAACGAAGCCGCCGCUGCCUCGCCCGUGCAGCCCAUUGUCAACAUGGGCCAAGGGUUCUUUGGUUACAAUCCCCCUCAAUUCGCCAUUGACGCCGCCAAAGAGGCCUUGGAUCGCGUUGAGUGUAACCAAUACUCUCCUACAAAGGGCCGGCCUCGUCUGAAGCAAGCUCUUGCUGACGCCUACUCCCACUCAUUCGGCCGUACAUUGAACCCCGAUACCGAGGUCACGAUCACGACUGGCGCAAAUGAGGGUAUGCUCAGUGCCUUCAUGGGGUUCAUUGAGCCCGGAGAUGAGGUUAUCAUCUUUGAGCCAUUCUUCGAUCAGUACAUCAGCAACAUUGAAAUGCCGGGUGGAACCAUCCGAUAUGUGCCUCUUCAUCCGCCUAAGGACGGCGCUACCAGGACAUCGCCUGCUUCCGAGUGGUCAAUUGAUUUCCAGGAGCUUGAGAACACCAUCAAUGAGAAGACAAAGAUGAUUGUAAGUCCUGAACUCACCUCACUGAUCAAAUUCUACAGCCACAACCCGGUCGGCAAAGUCUUUUCUAAGGAAGAGUUACAGCGCAUUGGAGAUCUUUGUGUCAAACACAACCUCAUCAUCCUUUCGGACGAAGUGUACGAUCGUCUCUACUAUGUUCCUUUCACACGGAUCGCCACUCUCUCCCCUGAAAUCUGGGAACGCACUAUCACGGUUGGCUCGGCGGGUAAGGCCUUCUACGCUACAGGCUGGCGUGUUGGAUAUCUCAUGGGACCUGAACACUUGAUCAAAUAUGUUGCGGCUGCGCAUACUCGCAUCUGCUACAGCAGUGUUUCACCUCUCCAGGAAGCUGCUGCCGUGGCGUUUGAAAAGGCAGACAAGGCUGGCUUCUGGGAGCAAAGUCGACAGGAAAUGCAGCAGAAGAUGAAGCUUUUCUGCGAGGUAUUUGAUGAGCUUGGCAUUCCGUAUUCUGACCCCGAGGGCGGAUAUUUUGUGCUCGCGAAUAUGUCGUCUGUCCAAUUGCCGGCCGAUUACCCUUUUCCACCACAUGUGGCUAACCGCCCUCGGGACUUCAAGCUCUGCUGGUUCUUGAUCCAUGAGGUCGGAGUUGCUGUAAUCCCGCCUACUGAGUUCUACACCGACGACAAUGCUCACAUCGCCGAGAACUAUCUCCGUUUCGCCGUCUGCAAGAACGACGAUGUCCUCGAGACUGCCAAGGAAAGAUUACGUGGUCUGAGAAAGUAUAUCAAGCAGUAG